AUGACAGAAACUCUCAUCAGAUUUAUACUUUGGCCAUUAGUUAUAAGCUUCAUCCCUUUAUACAUUCUUUUCUUCGCCAAAAUAAAGAUUAAGAGAAAUCAUGCACGAAUACCUAAGCUACCUCCGGGACAAAGAGGAUGGCCCGUAAUAGGCCACAGCAUAAGCUGGUACAAUGCUGUUGCAAGCUCUCAUCCCCCCUCUUUUGUCGAGCAACAAGUUAAAAGAUUUGGCAAUAUAUUCUCUUGCAGCCUGUUUGGGAAGCGGGCAGUUGUAUCGGCCGACCCAUCAUUUAACCGAUUCGUAAUGCAGAAUGAAGGGAAAUUGUUCCAGUCGAGCUACCCGAAAUCGUUCAGGGAUUUGGUGGGCAAAAAUGGGGUGAUUAAUGCACAAGGAGAGCAGCAGAAGAAGCUUCACUCGAUCGCAUCUAAUAUGAUGCGGCUGGACAAGCUGAAGGUUCAUUUCUUGGAGGAUAUUCAGGUUGUUAUCAAACACAUUGUCAUUAAUCUUCAUCACGAUCAAGUUGUUCAUCUCCAGGAUGUUUGCAGAAAGGUGGCGGUUAAUCUGAUGGUGAAUCAACUGCUAGGGGUAUCGUCUGAAUCGGAAGUGAUUGAGAUAGCAGAGUUGUUCUCUGAUUUUGCCGAUGGCUGCCUUUCUCUUCCCAUCAAUUUGCCAGGCUUUCCCUAUCACAAAGCAAUGAAGGUAAUGAAAUAUAACAAGAAUGUGCAUAUAUAG